AUGAACAUUGAAUUUGAGGUCCUGGGUCACAGCCUCGCGCCAGUGCCCACUCACUUUUUCAAGGUUGUUUUGGGUGUUAAUCCUAGGGACCUCGAGGAGAACAAGCGAAAUGACAUGCCGCCAAGUAUUGGCCAUGUUCCAGUUGCCUCCAAAAAGGCGGCCUGGCCCCAGGGUACUCCCCCUCCAUCUGUGUUUGGGGCAUUCGUUGUGCCAAACAAAGCCAUGCACCAUAAUCUGCGUGCUGAAAGCUUCAGAGUUCCUCUCAGUUUUAUCGAGUUGGUGACAGGAAUUGAUUUUGGAGUAAGCCAUCCGAGGACCCGUUCUCAACUUUGUACUGUGGUUAACCCAUCAGACAAACGUAGGCUUCGCUGUGCGCUGGAUCUGAUGGAAACGCAAGUCUGA